UCUACUACUUCACAUCUUAUUGAAUUGGCUAAUAUCUAUACCAAUCAAACUAAAGUUUGAACCACCAUGGCCGAGGAGAAACACCACCACUUCUCCCUCCACCACAAGGAGGAAGAAGGCCCCAUUGACUACAAGAAAGAAGAGAAACACCACAAACAUCUUGAGCACGUCGGCGAGCUCGGCGUCGCUGCUGCCGGAGCCUUUGCCUUGCAUGAGAAGCAUGAAGCAAAGAAGGACGGGGAACAAGGACACAGACACAAGAUCGAGGAGGAAGUAGCGGCGGCCGUGGCGGUCGGAGCUGGUGGGUUCGCAUUUCACGAGCAUCAUGAGAAGAAAGAUGCCAAGAAGGAAGAGAAAAAAGAACACCACCACCACGGCUUUUAAUUAUAUUAAUUAAUUAAUUCAAUAAAUUGCUCUCGUCCUUAAUUAAAUAAAACUAAGUACUAUACGUUGCUAGUUGCUACUAAAUAAUUUCGUAUCAUAGUCGUCCUUCAUGCACAUAUGGCUGACUUCGAUGGCUUUGGUGACUGAUCGAACAUAUAAUUAAUGAAAAGAAUGAG